AUGGCAUCUCUGGCCAAGUUUCAUUUCUGUGACCAAACAUUCCACCUCCGUCUUAACGGUCCAAAUAGAUUUCAACCUAAACUCAAUUCAUACCUAACCGUACAGAAGCCGACUCCGUCCCGCGCCAUUAGAGCUUCGUCUUCAUCUUCAUCGGCGAGCCCUAAAUCCUCUCUGCUCAAAACCACCUGCGUAACGCUAACCACAGCUGCCGCUCUCUUCUCAGCUUCACUACACCUCGCCGCGAAACCAGACACCGCAGCUCCCGUCGCUCGUCCUCCGCCAUCCACAGCGGCAGAUCUCGCCGCCGAUGAAUACAGCGAAACGGAUCAAAUCUCGUUGCUAAAAGUGGAAGAAGCGGCGCUGGAGAAGCAUCUCGCUAGCCAUCCAACCGACCUGGAAGCUCUUCAGUCACUGAUGAAAAUCAAACUCCAGACGAAGAAUCUCGAGCAAGCAUUAGAGAUCCUAAACCGUCUGAUCGAAAUCGAUCCGGAAGAGCAAGAGUGGCGAAUCCUAAAGGCUCAGGUCCAAACCUACGGUGGCGAUUUCGACUCAGCUACAAAAGGAUUCGAGGAGAUUCUAGCUAAGGAUCCGUUUCGUGUCGAAGCUUAUCACGGAUUGGUAAUGGCCUACUCCGAAUCGGAAUCGAAAUUAUCAGAGCUCGAGAGUAGAAUCGGCGAAGCGAUGGAGAAAUGCAAGAAGGAGGAUAAGAAGAAAGAUUUUCGGGAUUUCAUGCUAUUGAUUGCGCAGAUUAGGGUGAUAGAAGGGAAUCCAAUUGAAGCGCUUAGGGUUUAUCAGGAGUUGGUGAAGGACGAGCCGAGAGAUUUUAGGCCGUAUCUGUGUCAAGGUUUGAUAUAUACGUUGAUGAAGAAGAAAGACGAAGCAGAGAAGCAAUUCGAGCAGUUUCGAAGAUUGGUUCCUGAGAAUCAUCCGUAUAAAGAGUAUUUCGAUGCCAACGAGCUCAAUACUAACAAGCUUUUCGCAAAGAAUCGGUGA